UAACCAACUGCAUGGAGGAUUCCGGACCGAAGUGAUCUCUGACUGGCUAAAAUUGGCUGAUUGAUCAGGAAAGUGUCUGGACUAACGAAUUAAGCCAUUCAGAUCGAGUCCAAGCCAUUGUCUCUCCAGUGUCAGUCUUCAUCAAUUCACCAUCUUUCUUCCCCUAGCCGAACCUCGAUCUAAGGUCGAAUUGGUGUUCCUCAGGGUUAGCUCUUGAGUUCAGCAGCAUUGCAUGUGGUGUGUGUCUGUCCUCUGCUCAUUGAAAGCAUGCUGGCAGUGUUAGAACUGAGCGAGGAGUGCGUGUGAAUUCGGUGGGAAAAGGACGGCCCAAAGUUCGGGUUUGGGACACCCACAGUCGAGGUUGGUUGUUGAUGUUCCAUUUCCACCAUCACCACCGCCACUGUGCAUUGCAUUCAUAACAGAGCCUCUCCUUCCUGCUCUUCUUAGUUCUCCCACUUCUCCACCCCUUAAGCUCCACCAAAGGCGAGUGUUCCAAUCCUUCAAGAAAAAAAGGAGGGAAGGGAGAAUAGAGAACAGAAGAUAGGGGGAAAGCUCAGAAGACCACGUUGAAAACAAUCACAACAAAAGGACGAGUCUGACCUUCAGUGUGUUGCCAGAAACACGCCCUUCACGAAGCACCCCCAGAAUCGAGGGCGAUCCCAACGCAUUUCUUUCCGGUGAAUGUUGGGAACUUCUUAGGAUGCUCAUCGCCGUUUCCAAUUGACCUCGGGCGCCACAAUGCGAGCAAUACGACAAUGUCUUCUUUGGGUGUUCCUGUUCAGCGUCGGUGUGGCCCCCCUGGGGUCCGAAGGCUCCAGGGACACGGGGUCUUGGGUGUGUAACAAUGGCACCCAAAUCAUUGCUGGCUCACAUCAUCGCGCAGGAGUCCUGGAGACGCCCAAUUUCCCGCAUUGGUUCCCGCUGCCUUUGUCCUGUGUCUGGGUAUUGGAUUACUCGGCGCUUCAAGACACUCACUUCGUUCAAAUCUAUUUCACUCAGUUCUACUUGUCCGAACACUAUUUCUCGAUAUCGGCGCUUAAUCGGAGUGAGUUCGAAGAGUGGCAACAAUCGGGCUUCACAUCUCGAAACCAAUCCUCGGAGAUUUCCUACGACUUCCAGCGACUUCGAAUUGGCCCUCUGCACGGUAACUUCGACCUGAUCGUAUUUAGAUUGAAUAUCUCGGCCGAGCACGGAUUCAACUUUGUUCACAAGCGGACCGUGGACGUUUUUGAUUCGUUCGGGUCACAAAUCGCGUUCGAGAUUACCCGAGAUAUCAACCCGAGAACGGAUGCGUGCAACUUGACCAGUUGUAGUAUGAAUGGAAUUUGUCAAGUUGACUACAACACCAAGCGUCUCAAAUCGUUUAAAUGUUCGUGUAAGUCACCCAACCGACCUUUCAUCGCUCAGAAGCAAUUUGAAGGCCCAAAAUGCGACGUCCACCCAGAUAUUCACGAAUGCACCCGCGAAACGUGUAAUCAUCACGGAGAGUGCAAAUUCUUCACCUCGCGAAUUUUCAACUGCCAUUGCGAAAAAGGAUAUACCGGACGCUUUUGCGAGAUUGAUCUCUCCUCUGGAAUAAGCUCAGCACCGCGUGAUCCCUGUGACGAUGAAAUGGCGUCCAUUUCUAUCGGAAACAACUUGGAAGAGAUCGCCGAAUAUCUGUCGCUAAAUGUAACGAGUCGUCUAUCAGAAGAAGUCCAAAGUUUCGUCAGGUCUGAUGCGGAGCGUAGUGGUCGUUUAUAUUUCUACUCGAAAAGCCCCGACGUGGUCAGAAAAAUUGGGAAUGUCGUCUUGCCCGAAUUGGAGGCUUAUUAUCGCCUUCACCCUCGACGUCCUUUCUACUCUGACACUCUUUCCCAAAAACGAGUUCAUCAAAGAUUAUGUGCCCUGAAAGUGAAAAUGCGCCCCACAGGGAUUUUGAAACAGGACGACGAGGUGCAUAUGACUUGCCUCGCUGAGGGUGGAUCAUCUAACCCAAAGACGUUCCAAUGGAUCAAGGACCGGCAAUUUCUGGUCAGCCCCAACGUUUCGAAGCGCGUCGAGACCAGUUUCAUUGGUGUUAGAGGCAACACGAGUGUCCUCACGUUGAGGCAUUUGGGCAAGAAAGAUAAUGGGCUCUUCGAGUGUGAGGUAUCCGACGAGGAGCUGCAGGCCCUCAUCCCGCUCGAGGUUUGGCGGAGCUCCCUUCGCUCAACGGGGGAUGGCGCCGCGAAACACGGUUGGUCGGGCACGAGGCCGUUUGUCACGCACAGCUCGACCGCCCGAAGUGUGAUGGUAGCCUCGAAACCCGAAGUGGAAGUCUUUCCGAGGUCGUUGACCAUCUUGGAGUCUCACGAGGACCUGCAUUUGAAGGAAUUCCACACUUUGAAUUGCCUGGCUCACCAACAAGUCUCUCUGGGGAUUGUCUCCCAAUAUCGGUUCACCUGGAAACGCAAUGGCGUGGACUUGGCCAAAUUUCCGGGCAACUCCUCGCACAUUUUUGUGGAAAACGUCUGGUUUCCCUACCAGAAAACCACCGUGACCAUCGGGCUCAUGCUCAAGAUCCGCGAGAUCCAGGACGAGACUUUCACGUGUGAAGUCUCGAUUGAUGGCCACGAUCGUGCCAUGACCUCCACCACCGUCAAGGUCUACCACGCUCAAACCCUGAACGAGGUGUGCCUCCUCACUGAAGAAGACAUGGUUCAAUGGCCCAUUGCCAAAAAGAUGACCACCGUGUCUCGGCCGUGUCAAAUCGAUGGAAGCCAAGGCUUGAUGUGGCGCAAGUGUAAUCCGAUUUUCCCCGCCAGAGCCUCAUGGUCGAAUCACAAGGACAUCUCCCAGUGCCUUAGACAUUGGCUCUUGAACGUGGAAAACCAAGUGGACAACUAUUUGAAAGGGUACGUAAGCGAGAAUUCGUCCAAGAUGGUGACCAACUUCUUCAAAGAUGUGCCCAUUCUGCCGGUGUCUCCUCCCUAUCGCGGUGAAUUCGAUCGACUCGUGUCCAUCACUCUUGAAUUGAUUUCGUACCUCCGAAGUGUCAAAACCGACGUGCGAGAGUCAGCCAAGGAUUUCUUUGAAGGUUUUGUACCCUGGUUGUUCCGACCUGCCGAAGAGUUUCUCAACGAGGGCGCCGGAGAUGUCAGUCAAUACGCCCAAAUGUACAAGAUGGUCAAUGACGGGGCCUUGAUGUUCGCGUCCAAGUUGGAACUGACCCAGGAACAAGUGUUCCCCCAUUCUGGAAGCGAAUGCAGGCCGGACUUACUCGUGCAAAUUGGGCGUGUCAAUGGAACCCUCGGUCUGACCGAGACGCCCCGCCAUCAAUCCGAACGGAAUCUGACCACCCCGGGCGUUCAUGAGAUUGUCUACAUGAGUCAUGACCAAAUGCAAAACCGGGACAAGCGAAAUGUUUCCCAGAAGAAAGAAAGGGACAGUGGGCGUUGUACGGAAUCGGCCUCGGUCGAAAUCAGGGCCCGGUCUGCUGGAGCCGCUAAAAGAAGUAAGCGAACCUUGGUCAUGGCAGUGAUCAAGUUCAAUGAGAUUGACAAGCGAUUGGGGGGAUUCCCCAAUGACCUCGAUAAACGCCUGUCCAUGCCAGGGAAGGGAAAAUUAGGCCGUAAUUCCAGCGCUGUCACGGUUCUCGUCGAGUCCGAAACCAAUAGCCCGUUAUUGGAUGCCAAGCGAGACUUUCAAGUCAUGAUCUUCAUCAGGUUUUAUGGCUAUGUGUUCCGCCAAAACGAUUCCACCUGGUCGAACUUGGGUUGUGGCCGCUUGACCUUAGCCAACGAUCAGACGUUUGAAUGGGAUCCUCGGGUCCGUGAUUGCACUCUCCAAUGGCAUCCGGAGGGCCUGACCUGUGCUUGCCAGAACCCGGGGACCUAUGCCCUCUUCUGGUCGGGUCCGAAAGCCCAGAAUUCCAGCCCAUUGAGCGGGGGCAAUCCUACUUUGGUCUUGCUCUGUUGCGGCGGUUGCCUCACCGUGUGUCUUUUGGCCUUUUUCGUGUUGACCCGACAGAUGUGGCGCCAGAAAUUCGCGUCUUCCUCGAGAAGGGGCAAGGCUGGACCCGGGGCCGAGAUCCCGACCAUCGCCAGUGAGUUCAAGGAGGCCUUCCCGGUGAAUCCCGUGCUUCUGAUCCAGAUCCUGAUUUCGGGCACAUUAGUGGUACUCAUUGCGUUCAUGAUUCUGGUCGUGGCCGAUCCUUACUAUUGUUCUUGGUGGACAUCGUUGGUGUUCCAGUACUUAUUCCUGGUUCUCUUCGGGCUGCAAUUGUCUCUCAUGCUAACACUGUACAUCAAAAUGACUCGGACGCGCUUCUCGAAAACUAGUCGUUUGGCUCUGUUGGGAACGAGCUUUUUACUCCCUGCCGUGUUCUGCCUUGUCCUCUUCGGAUAUCAAGAGCCCCUCAUCCGGGAAAUGCUCUUGGCCGACUAUGAGAGCCGUGUGGAAAGCACUUGUCAAUGCAAGACUUGUGCCUGGUUCGUUUUGAUGCAACAACCCGACUUCGUGGCCUUUGUGUCGGCAUUGAUUCUCAGUGCGUUCGUUUAUAUGGGAUUGUUCUAUCAAGCCAAGCAAUCCAGCAAGACUCGGAUCUUGGCCAUCAAAGAGUCGCAAAAGCGCAAACUUGAGAGCUUGGUGCAUCGCUCGGGUUGGAUGAUGUUGGCAUUACUGUCCUUGGCCACCUGUUGCAUCAUUUUCGUGAACACCAAUGACAAGUCUUUCAUCAAGUUCGUGUUCGCACUCGCAGUGCUCAUGCUGGGCAUUGUGGUCUUUCUCUGUUACCUGACCACUUAUGAGGGUGAAUUCGGAGCCGUCAGUCCCUUGGGCAGUCUGAGGCUCUCUCUCAACGCCGGUGGAUACCAUUCUAAAUCCAAGAGCGGAAAAUCUACCCCUUCCUUGCCGGGCUCGGGGCAUCGCUGUUGCCACUCGGCCGAAUCUUGCCCUGCCAACGAAACUGAGCGCCAGUUUCUCUUACAGAACAACAGUUUUGAGCAGAGUUGGCGAGGAGGCCCUGGAUCGCAAUUAGCCCCUUCUGGGCGUAUGCUUCUCCCGCGAUUGGCAUCCUUCGAUAAGUCAUGCCUAAACUCGAGGGACUCCUCUACUUUGUAUGAUCCUCAUGCUGAGCAAUGCAGUCAAAUCCACGGAAUCAAAAUGUCAGCUAGUCAAGAGAACUCGGGUUCUCACAGUAUCAACUUCUGUCGCUCCAUCAGCGGGCCGAACUCAUCCAAGGAGUCGACCAUCAGCCACCAAUAUCAGCGGUCGUGUUCCUUAUCAGAACACAGAUGCGGCACUCCCGCUGCCGCCGUGGGAGUGCGCGCGGGCCGAUUUAUGUCGUCCAAGCAAGCUCAAACCCGAUGUUUGCUCUCCUUGGACAGUCCCCAGGACGCCUCCACCCCCACCAAAGAGCUCUUGCCGCAGAAGGCUCCACCCACCAAGACGACGGAGGCUGUUGUUCAUGGAGGCGUGCCGGGGGCUCCCCUCAGCCUCAUGCAAGUCAUCGAUGAAGCCAAACAAGCGUUCCAUCCGAUUCGAACCAAUGAGAAGGGCUUCAAUAUCCCGGAGAACACCGACGAUGUCGACCUGGUUUUGCCCUCCCAAGCCAACGGCCGCCCCUCCAUUCAUGGUGGCAGUUUCUCGAGUGGCGAUAGCGGCAUGGUCGUCCAGCCUCGCAGCCGCAAGAGCACCAACACCUCCGGGAUUCGGACCUCCUCCGAGGGUUCCAUCGAUGAAACGGACUCGUUAGACGGGACUUCGUUGAACCGAAAUUGGUCCGUGAACAGCUCCUCCAUUCCCGAGACCCGACGGCCGAGUUCAUUACUAGGCAACGACGAUUACGUGGAGCCUUUGAUGAAUUAUGAAAACUACAUGACCAUGACCAACUUCGAUCAGCCCCAAAAGGCUUGGAAUCGACUCGGGAAAGCUGGAAAGGACGGCCUACCCACGGCCUCAGAGCGUUAUUUCGACACCAAUGACUUGUUGAAGCGCGCCCGGGAAAAGAUCCGGAUCCGCACAUGUUCCACAUCAGACUCUGGUCCGUCCUCCGAGCCUGAUAGCACGGAUGGAGGCGGAUUUGGAGGCGUGGGUCGAGUGGGCUCACCCAAUCUCAGCUUUGAGGUGUCGAACACGCCGCCCCAAAGCAUGAGCGCUCUUGCCAAACAAUUAAAUUGCUCCUAAAACCAGACCAGGCUAGCAAUCCAAUGUCCAAAGACUCCACUUGUAUUUAUGCAAAAGUGUGCUGCAGUUCCCUCGGAUCGUUCCGGGAGGAAGAAUUACCAAUUUUAUCCCGAUUACCCCCCCGACCGAACCCCUUCCUGGGAGAAAAAAAAGACCCGUCACCCGUCCGUGACAUUGGGUGUACCUAUUUCGGUUCUAGACUUACUCGCUCUCCAAGGGUUUUUGGUCGGGAAUGAACAGUAACCUCAUUUUUUUGUGUGAGUUUUUUUUUUUUUGAGUUCUGCCACCUCGCUACUGAUGACCUUGUCAAAUUAAUGGAUGAAACGCCCACCUUGUACCUUACUCCCUUUUACAAAUGAUGAAAAUGAGCAUUGCUUUUAUAAGGACUUAACAACUUAGUAUCUCCCCCUCCCAAUGCAAAGAGGCAUUCAAAACACAUCAAAUCUAUUAUGUAGCGGAAAAAAAAGAGACCUAAAUUUCACCCGUCAAGCCCAGACUGACGGUUUUUUUAUCGAUGAUCAUUCGGUUCAAUCAAUCCCGCCUUGUUUCGUUUUCAAUGCCAUUGUCCAAGACAAAAAAAACGAUGAAUCUCGCCUAUGAAGAUGACGAAUACCUAACUAUAAUGCCUUUUUAAAGCCCGGUUCAUUCACUCACCAUUCCCAAAGAUACGAAUCAGCUAUCCAAUGACCCGUUUUCCCAUUUUGAGCGUGUUCGCAGCCAAAUGUUCGCGAUAACACGUUCAAGUAACUGCAACCCUAUGGUAUUGAAUAUACAGUGAUGAAAGAAACGCUAUUCCGCCUUUUUUAUGAAUAAUAAAAAUGUACCAUGUGUGUUCAACCUA